CCCCCUUUUUCUCCAUCUUCAUCACUAUCUUAAAAGAACAACAAACAAGAAACACAAUGUUUUUGUAUACUAUUACUGUUUGUUAUUUUUUUUCCUUUUUCCUUGUUUACCGGUUUAUGUGGGUUUGUCUUGGUCAGAGUUUUCACAGAGAACUUUCUCACCACAAUACACUCUUUAUCUCUUCUCCAACCCCCCCACCCCCCACCCCAAACCCCCCAAUUGUGUUCUGUCUUUUCUAUUCUUUCGCAAUUACCCUUUCUUUUUUCUUUCUUAACCUAUUUGUGUUUGUAUUAUUGUUCUGUCUUCACCUUCCACACGCUUCUUUUUCUCUUACUUUUCCUUCUUUUCUUUCUUCUGCCGCCAUACCCUUUUCUUGGUUUUGUCUAUUUGCUUCAAAGAUUGGUUCUUUUUGUGAUUUAAGCAUUUGUUUGUUUGAUUUCUCUGUGAUUUGAUUCAUAUGUCUAAGAAGAUGAAAAGGGUUGCUUUAGAAUCAUCACCUUAUGUGGUGUUUGAGGAGAAUAAUGCUAGAUUGAAGCAUCAGACUCUAUUGCAGGACUAUCUGGAACUCCAUAAGGAUACUAAUGACACGAGGAACAAAUUGGAGGACAUGAAAAUGAGGAAACAAAAAUUACUUGCUGAAGUUCAUUUCUUGCGCCGAAGACACAAAUACCUAUUGCAGAUGAAGUCAUCAGGUCAUCUUGAACAGCAAGAACGAGCAGCCCUGCUGAACACAGAGUUAUACGGUAUAAAUGGGAUGAAUGAUCGAUUUCAUAGCAAAAAGGAGGUGAAGCAACACAAACUGCCCCCUCUUCCUAGGCUGAAACAGAAAGCGAGGAUUCAAGUUGCAAAGGAAGCUUCAUUACAGAGGACACCUUCGGAUAUUCUUGUGAAUCAUAAACAGGCAUUACUGAUUGGGAAAGACGCUGUUCAUCGUAGUACAGUUUCUUCAGGUUUGAAGCACCAAUCAAGAGUGUAUAGUGGUAAGGAAAUGCUGCUCCAAAACGCAGCUCCAGUGUUUGAUUUGAAUCAGAAUGACAGGUCAUUCGCUGGGAAUGGUUUUGUUUUGAGGAGUACCAUACCCGUCUUUGAUUUGAAUCAGGAAACUGAUUAUGUUGGGAAAGAUGUUGUAUUGCCUAGUCGAGUUCCAGUCAUUGAUUUGAAUGAAAUCUCGAUAGGAGAAGAGGAGCCUCAAGCAAAUUUUGAACCAUUGAACUUUGAGGAGCCAAAGAGAGGACUAAUUCAAAACAUAAAUGAUGAUCAGCACAGAGACUUAAAGUUAUCGAUAUGCAGGAAUGUGGGAGAAGGAACUUCUCAUGUUGAGAAGCGGAAAAUAUCUUGGCAAGAUCCUGUUGCUUUGAGGGUUUGAUCCAUCCUUUAAUUUUCAAUAAAUACCUCUUAAAACUUUCGAUCUAGAGCGAGUGCUAUGGUAGUUGUAGCUUAUCCAAAGAGGUCUCUACUGACCCUCGAGGAAAAAAAAGUUACCAUUAGAUGUUUUUCCCCCCCUCAAUAUGUAGGUAUGCAUUUUGCCUUUGUGUAAAGAGAACUCAGAUAUAUCUAGUGAUAAUGAUACACAUGCUAUAUUGAUUGGCAAUGUGAAAAUAUAUUCAUCAGUAGUUCUUGAA